ACAGCAAAGAUUAACAGGAGAUCCAAGAUGUUCAAGAUCAUCGUUCUGGUUGCCUGUCUGGCCGUCGUUGCUUCCGCCCAAUUUUACGGAGGAGAUCAAGGCCAUGAAGAUCACUACCAUACUUAUCCGAAGUAUAAGUAUGAAUACGGCGUCAAGGACCACCACACUAAGGACCACAAGAGCCAGUGGGAAAGCCGCGAUGGUGACCACGUCAAGGGACAGUACACGCUGGAUGAAGCCGACGGCACCCAUCGCAUUGUGGACUACAGCUCCGAUCACAAGAGCGGAUUCCAGCCGCAUGUGCUGCGCAAGGGACACGCUCACCAUCCGCACGGCGAAAGCUGGGCCAACAUCGAACAGCACUACUGA